GUGUGUGUCGAUCUGGCAACAUUGCUGGAAACUGUCAGAUCAUCUAACUCUAACCUAACCGCCAUUUGGCGUUUGUUUUGGUUUAUAGCUGCAAAGCAAAAACUGAAAAAUGAAUACAAAUAAUAAUUAUUCUGUAAGUUUUUUUGCUUCAGAUCACUUUGCUGUACAUACUUAUACGCCAUAGAUUCAUGACCACAAAUGGUGAGACAGUGAGAGCAAAAUGAUGCUGGAGUUGUACAAAGUUUGUGGCGAAAAGGUUGGAUGUUUAGAGAUAAAAAACCUGAAAAUUUUAUGGGAAAGGAUUGCAGACGAACUGAGGAAGAACAAGGUUAAUGUAACGCCGAAAAAUUGUCUAAAUCGUUUGACAGUAUUACAACGGAACUACAAGAAAUUUAUUGAUAACCAGAAUCAAACAGGCAGAGGGCGUAUACAUUUUGCGUAUGCACAAGAAAUGGACGAGAUAUUUGACAAAAAGAAAAACAUCCAUCCAGAGCUACUUCUAUCUACAGAUGCAAUUAAUGAAGCACCUUUGGACAUGGAGCCACCAGAAGUUACCAUAUCUGAAGGGAGCGAAUGUAAAAUAGGUAAAGAAAACAAGAACACUAAGAAAUUAAUAAUGAAAAAAAAGCAUACAGCAUUAGAAAAGCUGCGAUUAGAUAGAAAGGAGUACUAUAUAGAAAAACUAGGAGUGGAAAAAGAAAUCCUUUCAGAAAUAAAAAAGAGGAAUGCAUUGCUAGCAGAGAGGAAUGCUCUGUUGCAUGAACAAAAUUGUAUUCUAAAAGAAAAACAAUGCCAUCAUAAUACUUAAGUGUAGUGUCCAAAAAAUUAUACAUAGAUUCAUUUUUUUCAUAUUAUGUUUGUUAUUGUUUCCUAUUAUUUUAUUUAUCUUUCCAAAGUAUUACAAUAUAUCUCAUAAAGCUUGUAAAUACUACCUAUUAGUGAUAACACAAUGUAUUAUUUUUCACACUAAAC